AUGUGCUUGUCAGAUGUCCAUUACAUCAAACAGUUUCCAUCAGACUUCCUGCACAUCCAAUGCAAUGGAGCACUCGUUCGUGAGAGGGUUCAGCAGGUCUACCAGUCUUCUCCAGACCAAUUGGAGAGCAUGCCUCAGCAAGGCAAAAUUCUGCUGCCGCUCAGUCAUCUUCCAUCUGGCAGUGUCCCUGCUGGUAUGCCUCCCCAUCUGGCCAUGCGGUAUGAACACUUUGUAUCUGAAUUGCACCAGGGACGGCUACUCCGACGGUGGGAUGAUGUAAUCGCAACCCAUCCCAAACAUCAUCUUAAGGCAGAUGGCAACCGUUCCACCACUGAUGCAUUUCACUUCGGGGUGUGGGAGGUAACUGCCUCGAAACCACGCCUGACCAGGGAGACGAGGGAACAAUCACCGGAGGCGAAGAAAGCCAUUGAUGAGCUCCUCGGGUAUGUCCAGUCGUUCAUAGCUCCCAAUAUUGGCACUGCAUUGGAGCAGCACGCUCCACUCCAUGCUGAGGCAAUGGCAAAAGCCCACUCUCGUGUCCGCCAACAUCUGAAGCAAGACCUUCUGCUCCGGCCCAUGGUGGAUAUGGGCGGAUCAUUUUUUGCUGUGGCGGUGAAAGAGUUUGGGUCGGGUGUGGUGCACAUUGACUGGAACGACAGUUGUGCGCUGUACGCAUACAUCUUUGCAGUUGGUGACUGGGAAGGAGGUGAGUUUUGUAUCCCGCAGCUGGGUAUCAAGAUUCCUGUGCGUCCUGGUCAAGUGCUGGCUGUGCUGGCCCGGGUGCUGGCCCAUUUCAGUGCUCCAGUGACCUCAGGGCGGUGCAUUGUCUUUACCUGCUUUACUGAUGCAUUGCUAUUUGAACACUCCCAUCCUGAUGUGGUAGUUGUUGGCCAUUAG